GAGUAUCGCGUGUCGUGGUUUGAACAAUGGCAGUUAUUUCACAACUGUUUUGUCACAACCUUCUGUCUUUUUUAGGAUAUUUGGACAUUCCUUCAAUGGUUUCAAAAGGACUUGAUGUGGAGUAUCUGGACAGCGUUGCUGAUUAUGGUCCUGCGGCCACAGAGGGCAUUAUAGAUGACGUCCACCACCCUGACUUGGGUUAUUUGGUCUUUGAGCCAGAAAGUGAACUAGCCACAGACAGCGAUUCCUCCACUGAACAACCAAUGUCUGCUGAAAGCCUCAGGGAGUCUUUGAAGAAACAGCUCGAGUUCUGCUUUUCUCGUGAGAACCUGUCCAAGGAUCUGUACCUAAUAUCCCAGAUGGACAGUGACCAGUUUGUCUCCAUCUGGACAAUUGCUUGUAUGGAGGACAUCAAAGCUCUUACCACUGACAUGGACCUAAUUGUUGAUGUACUCAGAGCCUCUCCAAUGGUGCAGGUUGAUGAAAUGGGAGAAAACGUUCGUCCAAACCACAGCCGUUGUAUCAUCAUUCUGAGGGAGGUGCCAGAAACUACUCCAGUGGAGGAGGUGGAGGCCAUUUUUAAAAGUGUCAACUGCCCGAGAGUGUUAUCUAUUGAGUUUGCACAUAACAGCAACUGGUAUAUAACCUUUCAGUCAGACAUGGAUGCACUGCAGGCUCUUCAAUACCUACGUGAGGAGGUGAAAACCUUCCAGGGAAAACCAAUCAUGGCCCGCAUUAAAGCCAUUAACACAUCCUUUGGUAAAAAUGGCUUCCGCGGCGUGGACUCGAGCGUGUACAGUCAGCCUGCACAGCCACAAGGCCAGUAUGGAGCUCCUGUGUACAUUCAACCGAUGUACAGCGCUCAGCAGCAGUACCCUGUUUAUCCUGUGGUGUCCCAGUCCUGGAACCCUCCAGUUGUGCCUUAUUUUGAAACACCUCUGGCACCUAUUCCAAAUAAUGGACAUAUGAACGGAUAUAACAGUUCUGGGAACUACAAAACCAACUCCAGCUCUCAGAGGCCCAUCAACAGAAACCGAAACCACAGGGCUGCUGAUUGUCCCCUUCCUCCUUCCUUGACCCUGACGAACAACCUCCCAUCUGCUCCCCUGGGUCCACAGAACCAUCACACUUCAGGAGCUCCUAGUUCUGAACCCGUCUCUCUGCUGUCCCUCAGUCCUAAAGAAACCUUCUCACACGCUCACACAUUCAGUGGAGAUCCGAGUGGGAUCGGACGGGGCAGGAGAGGGAAUUACAGAGGCAUUAGAAGGAAAGAUGAUCAUCAUGUGCGUCCUGUUCCUUUGAUGGAGGCUAAAGUGACUCCACCACCACCACCAGAUUUUGAACUGGAAGCUUCUAACUUUCCUCCGUUACCUGGAUCUGUGGUCAGUGAUGGUUCCCGGGGAGAAACCAUACCAGAGAUGCGCCUCUCUGAUGUUGUCCGUGGCCUGAAAGUAACCAACAAGCCUGUGAUCCAAGAAACUACUGAUGGUCAAUGCACAAAAGUUUCAGAAGAUCCUGUGAGCGUUUCAGAUUCUGUGGAUGCUGCUGAUGAACACGCUGCAGCAACGCUGCUCACAGUGUCGUUCUUCUCUUCAUGUGUUCUCACUCCAGUACCUGAAGAGGAUAAAGAUGAACCUCCAAACCCAGAAAGUAUCGUCUCCUCGCCCACUCAAACCGUUUCUCCAACAGAACAAACCCCCUCCUCCACCCUCUCCUCUUCCCCCUCCUCGUCCUCCACCUCCUCUGCCUCUUCGUCUUCCCCUCCUCCCAGCUGCUGCAGCCAGUCUCCACAAACUGAAACACCUUCUCCAUCUCCAUCAUCUCCAACAUCAGAGCUUGUGCUGAGAAAACUCAGUUAUGCUGAGGUGUGCCAGAAACUGGCCAAGGACAAGCCUCAGAUGACUACACCGUCACCUCCCGCCUCUACAGCCAGCCAACCGCUGCAAGAGCUGAAAGUCAACGGGAAGGAAGACUCCAAGAACCCCGGCAUGAGACGCUCAGCAGAGAAGCCAGAGAAAAACGGAGACGGCCGCCCCCCUCGUCAACCGUUACGUUCCUUCAGAGGAGGCAAUCGCCAAAUCGGAGCUGGAGAGCCUGGUCCCAAAUUUCGAGAAAAUUAUAGAGACACAAAGGGUGGCAAACAGUUUAUACCACAGAGAGGGUCCAGACGCAGUGGUAAGGAACAGAACAUUCCCCCAACAUCACAAAAAUAACUAGAGUAGGAAAAAAAACAUUCAGCCUAGAAUGAAACUAAAAACAUAUAUGUAUAUAUGUACAUACAUAGAGAAAUAUAUUUUAUUUGGCAGGCUUUGUCAAAUUAAACAUAGUAUCAGAUCAGAAUAUAUUUGAAUAUACUGUAAACAGAUGUUCCUUGUAGGAAGAACGGAUAUGGUUUGCAAAAAAAAGCAAUGCAGACAGGUGAUAAUUUACAGUUUUAUCACCAUAAAAAAAGAGAAAAAUAACAUGAUCUUGUUUCUUUCAUUUAAAACACUGGGUAAGCUUUCAACCUAACAACCACAAUAACGUGUGUUAUUUUUAUUUAUUAUUAUUUUCAUAUGAUGUAUCCUUUCAUUAGGAUUUGUUAACCUGUUUUUGGAUUAUUGUCAAGAGACUGCAACAUUUACCCUGUGAUGACCUUAUGACUUUAUGGCAUUCUUAAACAGGGAUAUUGUUGAGCAGAUUUGAUUAAUGUAGAAUCCUGCAGACAGAAGCUGGUAAUUAUCUUUACCAGAAGUUAAUGGUAGUUUUCUUUGUGGUGCAGAAAUGUUAGACUCUCACAAAUAGGUUUGCUUGUAUAAUUUUUUCUGCAUAUUUAAGUUUAGUUUAGGUUUUUAUUCUUGGUCUAAUCAAUUAGUACAGGAUGAUUUGAUGUGAGCAGAAACUCAGAUAGUGAUCUUAAAUACAACUCCAACUCUUCAGGAAGUCUUUUCUCUGCGAUUUAGAAAGUUUAAAAGUGUUUCAGUGAAUUUACAUUAGUGUACUGUGAUGACUAAUGAUACAGUGUAGAGUAGAUGACGUGUAGGCCAUACCUCCAGGAAUGUGUUUGACGGAUACACAACCCUGUGUUUGUGUCAAUCCUGAACUAAUGGAAGUGAUGUUUAAAUUUUUAACCGAACCAGAGAAUAAUUUUUUUUAAAUUUCGUUUACUUGGUAAUGCUCAAAUCUUUGUUGGGUUUAGUUGUCACUCUGGACAAUCAGUGCUAGUUUUUGGAUUUUACAGCAGAGGCUGUAUACAGUAGUUUAUGCACAUACUGGCAUACAGAUUAUGAUGUCCACAGAUGGAUUUUCUUUCUUUCUUUUUUUGUUUGAGCAGUACUGUUUUUCUAUUUCUAUAAAAAAAUAACCACAUCCUGGAGUUUAAAAAAACAAAAAACAUGUGUACCAUUGAAACAGCUGUGGGAAAAUAGAACGACCCCGGUGGUGUUUACAACGUACGAGUGCAUUCCUUUGGGACGAUUUGCUGUUUAGUUCAUCAUUAACAUCAUAGACAAGUUUGAAAUAGAAUAUAAGUUGGUGCUUUUUGCAACCAGCAGAACAGCAACCUGAGAAAAAUCAAACUUCUGCAACGUGUUUGCAUCUAUUUUCAUAAAUGAUCUGUCGUAAGUCAACAAAAGUGUCUGUCAAAUGUUAUUUGAUGUACAUAUAGAAUAUACAUUGGUUUUUGAGUUUUACUGCUGGUGAUGCUCAUUAAAUUCACUGUUCUUUCCCUGUU